CCGCAACGAUGAUCGCGAAAAAGUGACACCCGGACGAGCGCGGUUUGCAGUUUUUCGAUUUUUUCCCCGUUGUUUCGGGCGGUCGGCGUUAUACCAUUACCACGCUUAACGUGCGGUAACCGCGGUCGUCGCGUUUUCGGUGAUUGGUGCGAUGUGUAAUUAUUAUUAUUGUAUCGUCGGGCAUUGACGAUUCCGGCUGGACCUGCGGCACAUCCAUACAGCGGUAAGACGCCAGCGGACGACCAACUCGGACCGCACAACUAUAAUAAUAUUAUUAUAGUCGACUACUCGGGAGAUCCGAGAUCGCGAUGCUUAUCAGUGGUACUUUAGCUGUCCAAUUGAAUUUAUAAACCUUGGCGAAUGACCUUCGUACGUUUCAGGGAAAUGGUACCAAAUUUGUUCUUAGUUGCGCUGUUUAUCAAUGUUCCCGAUUUAUGGGCCUCAGACAGACGGCACAGUCGCCACGCAUCGGUCGGCGGGGGCAUGACGAACCAACUCGACCCGAGAAACACGGCUGCAAUAAAUACCACUGCUUCUAGGAAGUUCUUGCAGGAGUUCCUACAGGAUAUCCCGCCACCAAUUAUCGGGCCGGUGUUCGACAAAACGGUGCCGAAUAACGUGACCGGGUUAGUUGGUAGAACCGCGUACUUACAUUGCAGAGUCAAGAACCUGGGCAAUCGAACCGUAUCGUGGAUACGACAUCGGGACAUACAUCUUCUCACUGCGGGGAGGUACACAUAUACAAGUGACCAACGGUUCGAAGCCAUUCAUGAACCGCAUUCAGAAAACUGGUCGUUAAGGAUAAAAUAUCCGCAAAAAAAAGAUUCUGGUAUAUAUGAAUGCCAGAUAAGUACAACUCCGCCCAUAGGUCAUCCUGUAUACUUAACUGUGUUAGAACCAACUACCGAAAUACUGGGAGGUCCGGAGCUGUUCAUUGAUCAGGGUAGCACGAUAAACCUCACCUGCUUGGUGCAGUUCGCACCGGAACCUCCACCGACCGUCGGUUGGACGCACGAAAAACAACCCAUAAAUUUCGAUUCUCCACGAGGCGGAAUAAGCCUGGUAACGGAAAAAGGGUCGACCACCAGCAGCAGAUUAUUAAUUCAAAAGGCGUCGUCUUCAGAUACCGGCUACUACUCUUGCGAUCCGUCAAAUGCAAAUUCGGCCACCGUCAGGGUUCAUAUAUUAAACGGUGAACAUCCGGCCGCGAUGCACCACGGCCAGGGCAGCAUCCCGCUGUGCCCACCGAUUGUCAGCGCCAUGAUCGUACCGUUUUUGCUCAUCUUCACUGCCAGAGACCUAUAGUACCGACAACGCACGCGUGUCUACCAGAAAUAUUUAAUAUUAUAUUAUUAUUAUUAUUAUCAUGUUUAAGUGUAACGAUGCAUAUUAUCAUUAUGAUACAACGGUAAAUGGGGGAGGGGUUCGAAUCUUUCCGAUUUCAGUGUAAAACAUAAUAUGCCUAUCGUAACAAUAUACUGUACAUUACGUACUCGUCGAGCGAUAAGCUCAAAAACGUCGACGACGCAGUGGACGAUUUUCAUGUAAGAUUUUAUAUUGUCUCUUGGGUCACCCAUAUAAUGUAAUAUUGUCGUCGCCACAUACGCGUGUCCGUUUCGCGUACAACACACACGCGUACUUAUAAUAGUAUUAUAAUAUUAUAAUAUUUCCGCGUCGGUUAGUGAUUUUUCCGUUACCCUUCAAUACAAUUGUUAUAAUAGUAUAACUUGCCCACCCACCUAAGCGUGUAUAAAAUUAAUAUAAUAAUAUAUAUAUAUAUUAUUAUUAUAUUUCUUUUUGUAUUAAACUAAACUGAAUUUAAUAAAUACCACACACACACGCGCGCGUUAGCGUACUUUAUUAUUAUCGAACCGUAUAUAACCGAGUACCUAGCAUGACAGAUAGGUAACCUCUACCUACGUAAUAUUGUGUGCCACCGUCAACAUUUCAUCGCAGUUGGUUUAUAAAACUUAUUCGUGCAAAAUCGUUUUUAUAACACCAAUUCAAUAUCGUGAAAUGCAUAAUCGCCUACAGAAGUAAUUAAUAUUGUGAACGGCUCCGAACCCACCAACACAAUAUAACCGACUUCAUAAUUAUUUUCUGCGUGUUUCCACAUGUCAGGCAAUCGAGUGUAAAAUGUAUAAACCUAGAAAGCAUUAGAAAGUUAAUUUUUAAUACUUCAAAAUGAUAAACAUUUUGCAGGUAAAUAUUUCUGGACAAUUUUAGGUUCUUGCGGUUUUUAUUGUAUAACGAUUAUGUAGAAUAAAGUACUACGACCUAUCUAUAUUAGUAUUUUAUCAAUACUUUGAUCUCAUAUAGUAAACUCAGCGUUGUUUUUUUAUUGAAAAUAAAACUAAUUAUUAUUUACGUCUAGGUACCUAUCGUAACAUUGUUACAAUAAUAUUGUUUUCUUUGCAUUUUUUCACAAGUCAGAUGUGGUUUAUGUUUUUUUUAGGAUAUGACGUAAAUUAUCAAAAACACAUGGAAUAUAAAUUUUUAAUAUGACGGCAAUUUGAAUACACCAGGCCAUAACGUUCAUUGUAAAUCAUACACUUUUUCAAUAAUAAUUAUUGUUCAAAUAAAAUAUUUUAUGAAGUAGAUUUAUACAUACUAUAUAUAUUAUAAUUAAAGAACCGUUGUUUAAAUCAUAUUAUAAUAAAUAAACUAAAACAAUUGUUUGUUAAAAUCUAUAAGAAAAACACUAUUGUAUUAUAGAUAACAAAACAACUCAAAUAAUGUGGAAGGGAAAUAAUAAAAAAGUUCUUACCACUAAUAUUAUUGUGUAAUACUUAAAAUUAAAAAUCGGUUAGCAUAGUGUAAAACACUUAUUUAUAAGUAUUUAUAAAAACGUAAAAUAGGUACAUAUAAUAAUGAGUAACGAUAAACAAAUCAGAUGCAUACACCUAAGUAAAUAUAUAUUGUUAUUACGUCUUAUUUCACAUUUUUUUCCUCUAAUUUCUAUAGUAGGUCAUCAGAAAAGCUGGUCAAUGUGGUAUAAAUAUUGUUUCAAAGUUUUUCUAAAAUUAGAAACUUGACUAUACCAAUUUACAUAUCACAGAAAUAAUAUUGGAUUGUAAUAUAAUGCUGUAAAAAACAAGACAGUUUCUAAAUUGAUUAUGAUUUGCCAAUUUAGUCCUGUAUUUUUAUAUAAAGUAUUAUAAAACAAUGGUCUUAAUUACAAAAGAUUCUAACUUUUCAUUAAAUAACAAUAAACCUAUACGAUUAUAUUUAAGCCACUUAAACAGCAGCCUAUACAUUACGAUACCAUUUAGUUAUUUCACCAUAACUAAAAGUUAUGAUUCAUGUAACAGCAAUUUGAUAUUGUGACUCGGAAAACAAAGUUUUUAUUUCUCGAAUACCUAAAAACCAUUUUGUACAGUAUAUAAACAUAUAACAUGUUUGUUAUAUAUAUAUAUCAAUAUAAUGUAUAAACGUAAUGUUUUAAAUGUUGUCAAGCGUUAUUGACAUAAGAUCAUUUUUUUUUUUGUUUGUUAGAUUAAAUUAGAAUAAAAUAUUCAAACAAAGGGUUGUCACGCGAAGAGAAUAAAAACGAUUAUUUAAUUCAUUUAUAAACAUAAUAAUAAUAUACAAUUUCUAUGAUGCUAUAAUUUGCAAACUACAGUUUUUUUUUUUAUUGAUAGUAGAUAAUAUUUACAAUCUUUACACAAUAAACUAUAAAGUUCUUAAUAUUACGUAUCAUAAAUAUUAUACAAUUUUUUUUUUUUUUUGAUGCGCCUAAAGCUAUAUUUAGAUUAAAAUUAUAUAGCAUAUUAUAAUAUAAUAUACCUAGUUACCAGGUAUAUAAACAUAUAAUAUAUAGGUAUUAUACAACGGUAUUUAAAAAAAAAUCCAACUUUCACUUCACAUUAAUCUAUAUUGUCAACUUUUCACGUCCAGUUUUAUUAUAAUAAUAUAUAUCAUCUUUGAUAAGUCUGAAUUUUAUUUAAAAGAAACGUUUUAAUUUUCAAGUGACAACCUGUAUAAAUAAAUCUUUAACACUGUGUUUUGUUAUUUAAAAUAAAGUUAUAUGUUACCUAUAAACUAUUAAAAUGUGUUUAUAAAAGAUUUAAGAUUUGUUUUUGUUGAAGAAAACCAACAAGUUCAUGUUUAGUAUUUAUUUUGUAAUUACUUGUUUAUAAUAUUAGGUUUAUAUAAUUACAUGUAUAUAUAAUUUAAUAUAAUUGUACAGUAAAUCUUAUCUUCGUUUUAUUGAAUCAAUAUUUG